CUCAGACCGCGAUCCGCGCGCGACCCGGCCGCCCGCCAUGUACUAGUGUCCCGAAAUGGUGAAAUUACUGCUUAUCCUGCUUGCCCUGCUCGUCGUUGCAGCGUCGGCGCUGCCGUCGCCAACGACGGCGGACGACGACGACGACGAGGAUGACACGACGCCCUCAUCGUCGGACGACGGGCGCAUAUACAAGAACCCGCGCAACUCGCCGUCCGCUCAGUGUCCCCGGGACGAGGAGCAAGCCACGCUGCUGCGUCAAAAAUGUCUACGCAAAUGUUCGUCAGACGAAGACUGCAAAAGCAAGAAGAAGAAGUGUCUCUGCGAUGGCGCCUGCGGCAUGUCCUGUAUUAAGCCAGACCGAGAAUGCCCGGAGCUCGAACAGCCUGAAAACGGGAAGGUGGCAGUCACUGGCAGGUUCUUCGGUGAUAAGGCCGUUUACACCUGCACACACGGGUUCCACGUGGUGGGACUGGCCAGCCGGAGCUGUCAAGCCGACGGUACCUGGGCCGGCAACCCGCCUGCCUGCAAGAAGAACAUCUACUGCCUGCAACCCCCCACCAUCGAGCACGCCCGUCACUCCGCACUCCCCGAGCAAGCGACCUUCGACCUUGACGCGACCGUGCAGUACCACUGCCAUACGGGUUACGUCACCAACGGGUUCCCGAGAGCCAAGUGUCUGGCGAUUGACAAUCAGGCGUCAUGGUACGGACCGGAUAUCAGCUGUGAAGCCCGCUCGUGUGGUGAACCCGGUGACGUUCCCCACGGCUGGGUGACAGCAGACUGCAACACAUUUGGUUGCCGUGCAGUGGUUCAGUGCGGCCAAGGGUUCGAGUUGGUUGGCAAGGCUGAGCGCUACUGCCAGGCCGACGGUGCCUGGGCCCCCAAGGAGCUACCGACCUGCGUCCUGGUCACGCAGGUGCAGUGCCCGCCGCCAGAGGCGCCGCGCCACGGGAAGGCGGUGUAUACUUCGUGCGCCUACAACUCUGUGGUGUCGUACGAGUGCAAGUAUGGAUACAGACUGGUGGGGGAUGCUACGAGGCGCUGCGGGGCUGACAAGAAGUGGUCUGGGACUCAGCCUUUGUGUAAAGAAAUCAACUGCGGUCACCCCGGCCAGCUUUGGAACGGCUGGCUUGAGAACAUCUCCUCGGGAACCGGGCUGGGAGCGUCCAUCAUCUUCCGAUGCCAGGAUGGGAUGAAGAUGGAGGGGAAUGGGUCUGCGAUCUGCCAGAACGAUGGGACCUGGAGCCAUCCACUGCCUCAGUGUUUAGCACCCUGCGUAGUCCCCCACGUCUCCCAAGGCCGGAUCCGUCUCGUCGAGAACAAGACAGGCGAGAACGAGACGCAAGAGGAGAACACCCAGAUCGUCGGCAGCUCGUCCAUGGUGCAACACGGGGAGAUCAUACUGGUGGACUGUGAGAAGAACUAUGAGUUUCCGUCGAAUAAUGCGGCUGUUACUUGCAAUAAUGGGACCUGGACUCAGAUACCUAGGUGUAGCCCUGCGAGGUGCAAGAAAAUGCCCCGAUUCCCCCGAAACGGUAUGGUCAUCGCCCCUAAAACGGAGCACGGCAUGAAGGCCAGAUACCGCUGUAAGGACGGGUACGAGCUUCGAGGGAACCCUAUCGUGGUCUGCUCGUUUGGGAACUGGAGUGGGGAGGCUGCCAGAUGCGAAGAAGUAUUCUGUCCUUUUCCCGGCUACAUCGAGAAUGGGAAGGUUUUGCUAGUUGGCAACAUGGGUCUCUAUGACUACAGGCCUUAUGUUAAGAAGGUGGUGAACAACAAACAGAUAAUGUAUGAGUGUGACAAGGGCUACGUGUUAUCUGAGGGACCUCCUGGAGCCACGUGCGUUGGAGGUCAUUGGAGUCCUAGAGAAUUGCCCAAAUGCACUCUAUUUCAGCAUCCCCGUAUAAGAUGGAAUCGUAGACGACGCUCCAUCCCGGAAGCGGAAAUACGUCACAGGCGAUCUGCCUUCCUCCGACACUACUAUAACAACAUCCGGCGCCAAACAGAGGCUCCUGACCCAUACGUAGAUGAAUUAUACAGUAAAUACAAUCAUGAUGGCCCAAAACCAACCUUAAGACACGCUAAUUUCAAAAUUUUAAAGAAAUUUGAUAUUGAAUCCGAUGAUGAUGAAAUGGAAACAGAAACUGAACAUGAGAAUGGAGAAAAUUUCCCAACUGCUGUAUACACCGUUUAUAAUGUUCAUGGGGAACCUAUAGGGCAUAGAAUGUACUCUUAUCAGCCUGUAUAUGAGCCUGAAGAUGAUGAAGUUAUACAAAAAGAGGACAGAUCGGAAUAUGAGGACUCCUCAGAACUUGAUGAUGAUUUAUCACAUGUUACGGUUUUAAAAGGUGGUAUGUUCCCUGAUCACCAACCUGAUGGGCAUGCAAAGAAAAUUAACAUAUUAAAACAUCAAUAUUUUGAACGAUAUGUUGAUAAACGGAGGAAAAGAUUUUUAACACCUAAAACCAGUGAAGAAAACAGAAAAGUGAUGGAUGUAGAAUUGCAAGGUGCUGAAAGUAAUAUAGUAGAAGCAACAACUAAAAGUAUAGAUAGUUCAACACAUGCUAGAGUCAAAAGAGAUAUAAAUAUAGAAGAGAGUGAUACUGACGUAUGGACGGCAAACCCAGUGAACACGGAUAUAGAUAACAUUAAUGAAAUUAGUAGCCAUCUUCUCAGAGUUCUGCCACUUGACAUUAAAGAAAUUACACAUCAUAACAGAACAAGUGAGGAGAGCAGAGAAAUGGCUGUCAUACCUUUACAAUAUAAUAAUACAAAUUCGACGGAAGUUGACAAUAUUUUGGAUAAGCGUGAUAAGAGAACUAGCAGGAAAACGGAUCGAUUAAAUCAGACGACAGCAGCUAUUCCUAAAACAGGACGUGAAGGCAAAAGCGGAAGACUGAGACAACAACACCCUGAUAGUGAAGAAGGAGCAGAUCAGACAGACUCGAAAGAAAUCGACGGAACAAAGUCAGAAGCAAAUGGUGAAAAAGGGAAAAAAGGACGACCAAAGAGCCCCUGUGAACCUAUCGAGAGUGACCCUUAUGUUAAUAUUGAAAUUGUUAAGUUAGGACGGGAUCCUAAUAACACUUUUAGCUCAGGAACAAUAGUAAGAGUGGCCUGUGGUAAAGGCUACGGAUUAAACUUGGACCUAAACGCGACAGCAAAAUGCGUUAGGGGAAGAUGGAAACCCGACAAGCCCAAAUGUGAAAUCCUGCCUUGUCACGUGCCUUCAACGGAGUACGGUAUAUACACCAUGUCGCCUGACGCCAGCCACACAAAUGUGGGUCCAAUAUUAGGGACCCCUGGAACUGGUCAUGCAGAGGAGAGAGAAGUGAACGAGACAGACCCAGUCCCUAAUGGACAGGUUGUCCAUUUUUCCUGUGAAUAUGGAUACAAUGUCCAAGGACCUACAAACCUCCGAUGUUGGUUGGGAGAAUGGGCUGUUACCAGUAUGCCUGAAUGUGUCCCAGCGCCCUGCGAACUACCCCAACUAAACGGAGCCACAUACGAGGCAGGCUACCGAGCCGGCCUGACAGUAGCUCACGCCUCAUCUGUCAACAUAGCCUGCGAAGCAGGCAGGUCUCCUCCAGCCACGCUCAACUGUCAUUUAGGACGGUUGCAACCGACUGUGCAUGACUUUUGCCGGCCACUAGCUAACUUAUCAAGACCACGACCAACAUCAGAGUUCCAGAGUGGAUCAGACAUCGUCAGAGAAGAUGUGUCAGAUCUAGAACCAGACUUGGACGGGAAAGCAGUCGCAGAGUGUGGACCACCAGCCAGGGUCCAAGGGACUCUGAUCUACCGUGACGGUGCUGAAGUCAACGGGACCCUGAUCAUGGAGGGGUAUCCGCAUGGGACGGAGAUCACCUUCAAAUGCAUAGCUUCCAUUAUGGGGGAGAAGACGACGUGGAAACUGAUUUGUGAACAUGGACAUUGGGUUGGGAAGAGCUUUAAUUGUGAAGAAAUAGAAGCUCAAAACGAAGAGCUCCUAAACAACAACAGCUGCACUUAUCACAACGAAGAGCCACACGUGGUGUCCUUCUUCAAUGACUUGGAAAUCACCGAGACGGUCGACUUCCCGGCUGGCUCUGUUAUAGUCUCAAGAUGCAGUGAUAUCGGCAAAUACGCCAUGACAGGUUCUCAGACAAGAAAAUGCCUGGGCAGCACUUGGGACGGCACCAAGCCCACCUGUUUUGGGCUUAACCAAGAAAAUGACUAUGCCAUGGAGAAGCCCCCGACGAUCCUGUUCCGUUACUCUGGAGGUCCCAUAGCGCAGACUAAUGACGGCAAACUGCUGGUCUACCCUGGAGUGUCGCUUCAUAUGGAGUGCCUUUGGAUGAGGAGGUUUGGGAACCCGAAGUGGAACGUCACUCUUAAUAAUCCUGAAUCCGAGCGCAAGUACACAGAAGGCUGGACGACAGACCCUGGGCGAGACAGCCAACUGGAAUAUCGGCUGAGCAUCAUCAGCGCUGAGAAGGAGGAUUCAGGAGUUUACAGAUGUGAAACACCAGCUAGGCAGAUACACCAAGUGGAGAUUAUUGUUGAAGACGUCCACUGCCCGCCUCUACCCAUCCGCCGUGGCCUCGUCCCCAGCGGGCAAGGCACUCGGCUCGGCACAGAGAUCCGCUUCUCCUGUGCCAACGGCAACGCCUUACUCGGCGCUUCGAGUCUCGUCUGCCGAGCUUCGGGGAAUUGGAGUGCUCCAUUACCAGUGUGUGAAAGUGUGGAAUGCGGCGAAGUAGUCCACGACACACCACUGCAGGAAGGGGAGCGGCGGCCCCGCGUCGCUGUCGUCUCUCGAGGAGUUGGGGGCCGCGCAGCAUUCUCCUGUCCUGCUGGUUGGGCCCUUAGCGGAGCCUCGGAGACAGUCUGCUUGCCUGCUGCUGAUUGGGCUAGGCCUUUCCCAGUCUGUAGAGAGGUAUCCUGCCCAUCUCUACCCCCACCAGCGUCAGGCUACGUCCUCGGCCGCGCCCCCUACCGUGCAGGGGACGUGUUACAGUUCCAUUGCAAUCCUGAGCACACAUUACAUGGGAGACCUAUACUCGUGUGUCAGGAUAGUGGAAGAUGGAGCGAUAAGCCCCCUACGUGUGCCCAGGCCUGUACAUACCCCGGAACCACAAUAUCGGGCCGAAUGUCGUCCGUGAAAUUCUACUACAAGAUCGGUGAAACAGUCACCUUUACAUGUGAACCGGGAUAUAGGCUAAAAGGUGCACCUAUGCUGCGAUGCCUCAAAAACAGAAAAUGGUCCAACGCCAUCCCGCUCUGCGCACCAGCCUCCAACUACACAGACGCGCCCGUCCUCAACGGCGACAUCGACGCCAUGUUAUCUGACUCGGCGGACAUCUUGAAAACUCGCGCGACGCCCGCCAUCUUGUCGCCAGAGAGCUACAAGGCCGCCAUGACGAGAGUCGCUGCGACCAGGCUUUUGAGAAGAGCACCGAUUGAAAUAUAUAAGAAUAGAGUUAGCAGGGUCAACAGCUUGAUAAGGAGGGAUACUUUGAGAUAAUCUGGGACUUUUUAUUUUUUGUUUGUUUGAUUGAUAUAUAUCAACGUCGACAGUGAAAACCAUGAAAAUGUAAUAUAAAGUUUCAAAAAUAUGAUUAUUAGCCUCGUGAAGAUUACUUUCCUUUUAUUAAGUUUAAAAACCUUUACAUAAUUUUCAUGGAGCACAGAAUUACAGUCAUUUGAGUCGUUAAUGGACAUAGAAAAUAGAAUCAUUUUAGAUCCAGAAUAUGUGACGUUAUCUGGGUAAAUGGACCUUUAAAUUGUCGAUGGCGCUUACGGCGAUGUUCGUAUACAAAUACGGGACGUAAGAGCCACCGAUAAUAAGGUCCCUUUACCCAGAUAACGGCACAUAUAAUUAUUUAAAUUUUCCAACGCUCAUUAGAAAUUGGAUUGAUACGUUUUCCCAGAUUUUCAUAUUAUUAUUUACGCCUAUAUGCGUAGUUUUUUUUCUUAUUUAUAUUGUGUAGGACUUAACUGUUUCUGUUACCCAAUAAAGUAGGCAGAAUUGCUAAAUGAAUUACUUAUUAAUUAUUUGAAGUUACUUUUGUUUGAAAACUUAUAAGUUUUUGUCUAAUUUCUAGAACAUUUCUGAAAUCAUAAUAAAUGUAAUUUCAGAUGUGUUCAAUGAUUAAUAAUAUCCUGUAUAUUUUUGUUAAUUGAUUGUGUUAUUAUGCGUAAAUAUGAGAUUUUUUAUAAUAUAAGACAAGUUACUUAAUUAAUUUGAUGUUACUACAAAUAAUUUUAUUUAUCUAUAGUUUUGUCUUAAGUAAGAAUUUGAAAGAUUAGAGAAAAUGCAAUGUAAAAAUGAGGCAUAAAUUUAAUUGUUGUUGUAAAUAUUGCUUACAAAAAUACUACAAUCAUUAACUUAAUUUGUAGGAAUAAUUAUUAAAAUAUGGAUUUAAUUCAAAGGAUUUGAUAGGUUAAAUUAAAUAUAUGCUAAAAAUUAUAAUAACAAAUGUGAUUUACAUAGUUUAUCUUAAAUAAAAAUAAUACUCAGAACUUAAUAAAAUACUCAUAUAAAAAUUUAUUGAUUUAAAUAUUGUGAAAAAUAGUAGAUUGAAGUGCCAAUUUUUUCACAUAAUCGAUCCAAGAAUAUUGUAAAUACCGCUUAGCCAAAGAUGAUUAAAAUAGUAGGUAAUAAAUACUUUAAAGUGUAAUGUAUUGUAGUUAUUGAAAAAAAAAGUAAUAAUAAUUACAAAAUGUAAUUAUUAUAGUGAAUCGUAGUACGUAAUUAAAAUUAGAUCUCUACUCAAUGCCACGCACAAAUAUUUGGAAAUAUUUAAAUUUAUGAAUUUAGCCCAAAUUCAACUCCCUAUCGAAAUACUUUCAACAGGUCCCAAGUUUAUGUAACUAGUCACUUGAUAUUUCGGAUUACUUAGUCCCAUAUUAUAUACCUAUAUUUAUCUCCGAAGUAAUAUAAGUAAUGAAACAUAUAUUUCAAAACAUAUUGUAUAAUAUUAUAAGUUUAAAACUGUCACAAUAACUAACCACAAUGAGUAUGAACUUGGGCUAAAGUGUUUAAAACUAAAUUCUACUUCAUGCAUA